UAUUGUAUGUAGGUGUAAUUAGCGGGGGUACUCGUGAGUGACAGUAGUUAAUCUGCAGCUAUGGCUGAAUACUGGAAAAGAGACGAAUAGAUCCUGCCGUGGAUGCGCUCAAUUUAUUUCCUGACUUUGCAUAAUCUGGGUGAAUGAAAAAUGCAAGAAUUUAAAACAGUUAGCAGAUGGAAGUUAAAUCCGUAAUCCCACGAAUGUAUAUACCCUAAUAAAAACAACCAGUCGGCGUGAUGGCGAUGCGGCAGGCUUUGAAAGCAGUGCUGAUUGACCUCAGCGGCACGCUGCACAUUGAAGACACGGUGGUAUCUGGAGCCCCGGAGGCCCUCAGCAGAUUACGGGAACGCCAGCUGGCUGUGAAGUUUGUGACCAACACGACUAAGGAGAGUAAGCGCUCACUGCUAGACAGGCUGCAGCGGCUCAACUUCUCCAUCCAGGAGCAGGAGAUCUUCACCUCGCUGACCGCUGCGCGCAGCCUGGUGGAGCAGAGAAGCCUGCGGCCCCUUCUCCUGCUGGAGGACAGCGCUCUGGAGGACUUCACAGGUAUUGAGACCAGUAACCCUAAUGCAGUCGUGGUUGGACUUGCACCCAACCAUUUCAACUAUCAGACACUCAACAAGGCAUUCAGGGUGGUGUUGGACGGCGCUCCGCUGAUCGCAGUGCACAAGGCCCGGUACUACAAGCGGAAGGACGGCCUCGCCCUCGGGCCCGGCCCGUUCGUGACCGGGCUGGAGUACGCCACGGACACCCAUGCCACCGUCGUGGGCAAGCCCGAAAAAACCUUUUUCCUCCAGGCUCUGCGGGACCUGAACUGCAAACCAGAGGAGGCCAUCAUGAUCGGUGAUGACGCCAGAGAUGAUGUAGGCGGGGCCCAAAACGCUGGACUUCGGGGAAUUUUAGUCAAAACUGGCAAAUACAGGGCAGGCGAUGAGAAUAAGAUCAGCCCGUUGCCAUUGGCAACCUGUGCUGACUUCCCCCAGGCCGUGGACUACAUCCUGGAGCAGCUGAUCUGACCCCUGCAGUGGCUGAGGAGUGGAGAUGAGUGCAGCUCAGGGGUGCUGAGCGAUAGGUACGGGUGUGAGGUGUGACUCUGUGAAAACUUCGGACUCUGGAAUGCAGGGAAACGGUGGGCUGUGGGCAUUGUGAUUGGAUGCCCGGCUGAGUCACUGGCCCUGGAACCCCACCACUCAAAGGAAGAGUGCUUGUGAUGACCCUUUUUUUCCUGAAUUCACAAACCAGGGCCACUCACAAUAGUGUUUAUUGGUGAAGGUGCUUAUAAAAGGCAGUAAGUGUGCUUAUAAAAGGCAGUAAAUGUAACAUAUUCUCCUUUAAUAAAAUAAAAUCAGUAUAAAUGUGGGGAAGUUCCAUCUUCUCUCUGCUGCCUCUUUACAUCUAUGGCUGCUUUAUGAUACAUAAAAGAGGGAAAAGCUCUUAAGCUCUACACACACGCACACGCAUAGACACACACACACAUGCAUAGACACACACACACACACACACAUGCAUAGACACACGCACACACACGCACACACACACGCACGCACACACACACACACACACACAUACACAUGCAUAGACACAGACACACAAACAGGUGCAUACCCACACAUACACGCCCUUUGUUUCUUGCUACAUGUGAGUGUGUGAUUUAGCAUGGCAACAGGCCACGACUGUCCUUUUGGCUGAACUGUCUCAAGGAGACAGCACACAGGUGCAACACACAAAGAAAAGGAUCUUGGGAUGUUGCCUCCCAGCUGUGGAGAGAUGCAGGCUUCAGCCAAGUGGGAUACUUGAAUUAUGAACGAAACAAAGAGUUCUACAAAGAAGUAUGAAGACUUCUACAUAUGAACUGUCCAUUUUGUUUGUUUGCGUUUGUUUGUGUGCGUGUCUUUUUAUUCAUCAUUAGUCGAUGUGCUGGCUCAUAUUCUAUUUAUUUUGUACAAUAUUUUAAAAAGAAAGUUAGAAUAAUUCAGAAUAAACAGAAUGAAAAUA